AACAGAGGCCCACUGAAAGCGCCUGCGCGGCGCCGUCGGUUGAAGGGUCUGGUGCGGUAAACUAAGUCCUGGGGUUUACCCUGAGCGGGAGCGGUCCCCGAGAGCCUCAGGCUUCAUUCCAGGUCCUGAAUGGCUGGUCUCCAGUUGGCACCACAUCUGCCUGUGGGCGUUAUGCUCCCAUAUAAUAAAACGGAAGCUCCAGGGCUCCACUCAGCCAAGCAAGACCCUUAUGAACAAGGUGACUCUCCCCAGCGGUCCUCAAUGGGGCACCAGAGGAACAACAUCCAGCGGAAGCUUUUGAGCAACAAAGAGCUGAUGCUGGAUAAUCUCUACACUCAACCCAAAUGGAACACCUUCACAAAAGCCCGGAGCUACUCUUAUCCCCACUGUGCUGGAAUCAGCCAGCAAGAUUCAGGAACCAAUCCUCAGGGCCGGGGAAAGGGUUUGUUUUACUUAUCAGACCCUCAGUCGUCUCAGUGCUGGCAUCCCAAAGCAAAUAACCAGGACGCCAUCCCCUUUACAAAGAAGCGAGUUGGGGUGGACCGGGCAUACCCACUGAAACCUGUAUUCCACCGGAAAUCUCAUAGUACAGGUGAGGCUGGUGCUGAUGAGGACCAGAAUGUCUCUCCAAGACUCCCUGAGCCAGGAGACUUUUCAUACAGCAGCUUUGGUUCAAAGAACCGAGUGAAUUCAUCUGUGGUUGGUCCUGUUCUUGCUGCCAUGCAGGGGCAGAGGGCCAGGGCAAAGCCUGACAGAACUGAGCAGUUGCAGAUCCAAAGACUAGAAGCUGCAGGGGAGAGCUUAGAGGAGGAAAUCCGAAGAAAGGAGACCCUCCUGAGGGAAAAGCUGAAAAAGACAGAGGAGGAGCUCAGAAGAAUCCAGAGGGAAAAGGAGCAGGCCGAGGGAAAUGAAAAAAGAGAGAUACAGAGAAUGACACUCUCCAAGAGGAGAGUUAAAGGUAAUAGCAGCAACACCAUAUACAAACCUACCUUCUCUCCAGAAUUUGGGCUUGAAGAGGUGUUCAGCAGAGACAGGAGAGAGAGCGAAACUUGGGGACAGUUGCAAGAAAAUUCUAGUCCAUUCCAGUUCUCUGAUUAUGGGAUACAGAGGCUCAAAAGGGAAGGACCUGUAGCAAGCAGUAACAAAAUCCGAGACAAAGCCUCAGGGCCGUUGACAGAGAAGUUUUCUCAGCCUUCAGAAGCACCAGGCAAUGCUGUGCAGGGAUCCACCAGCAAUUCUAGCCUGUCCAGGGCACCAGACUCCUCAGGCUCCAGCUGUUCCACUGAAGAGCCCAUACUUGGCAGGUGCAGCCACUGUGGACGCAAGUUUCUCUUGCUCAGGCUGGAGAGGCACUCCAACGUUUGCAGCAGGAUGCUGGGUUCCAAGAGGAAAGUGUUUGACUCCUCCAGGGCCCGGGCUAAGGGCACAGAACUAGAGCAGUACCUGAACUGGAAGGGACCAGCCUCGGUCAAGGCUGAACCUCCUCGGAAGAGCAACUGGAGACAGAAGCACGAAUCUUUUAUCCGUACCCUCCGUCAGGCUCGAGAGGUCCAGCAGGUAAUUGCCAAAGGUGGAAACCCCUCAGACUUGCCCCCCAUCUUGCCUGCAGAAAAUCCAGACUAUAUUCAGUGUCCUCACUGUAGCCGCCACUUUGCUCCCAAAGUGGCUGAGCGACACAUUCCCAAAUGUAAGACCGUCAAGAACCGUCCUCCGCCUCCAAGGAAGCAUUACAGUUGAGCAGACAACAGUGGAAACCUCCUUGGAUAGUGCAGAAGGCUCUGCUUCUCUUCAGCAGUAAAUAGGAGGAAAGUAAUUUGACGCAAAGCAGAAACAAAACUUUUACAUCUCCCAGAUCUGCCUGCAGAGCUGAAAUCAGUGAAGAGAGAUCCCACUGUUAAGCACAGAGGCUGAAGGAAGCCCCAGCUUCCCACUAAAUUACCACCCAGGCUGGUGUGCCUUGUGUUAUUUCCCCAAGAACUGAUGAUGGGUGAAGACACCUGAGUAGUGAGCAGCCCAUAUUAAAGCUCUUCUCUUGCAAGCCUGGCUUGUGGUUUGUGCUUGUGAAGUGCCUGCAUUUGGUUGUGCCUUCUUGCCUCUGCCUCUGCCUCUAUGCCUGUGGUUCUGAUUAACUCUUUUUGCUCCUGCAAGAUGGCUUAUUAGGAUGAGUUGGUGUCAGAGGAUCAGGUCAUCCAGAUGGCAUCUCUUAUAAAAGAAGUGUAAGAUUUUACCAUAAGGCAUUAUUAAUGGAAGUCUAUCCUCAGCCUCCCUGGUGCAUGGUCCUGGCCAAAAGCCAAUGAAAGUAAGGUAACGGCACCAGCAUAUCCUAAACCUUCCCUAUGAUAUACUUUGUAAUGACGGGUACCUCAUCUUUAUGUACUUUACAGGGAAGGGAUGGUGGGAAAGCACACUAUACCUUCUGUAGUUGUUCUUUUCUAAUGGGUUUCAUGUGUAAAAAAAAAAGAAACCCUUACCUUCAGCUAUUGCUAGCACUGCCUUUAGAUCAUGUUGACUGAAUGGCUUUUUAAAUGAGGUAGCAAAAUCCCAUCAUCAAAGCAAGCUGGGACACUGCACAGUGUCACAUGUCCCUGCCAAUUAUACCACAGUAAACUUUGAAGGGAAAAGGACCAGAUCUUUUUAAUGUUCUCUGUGUAUAAUAGUGCCUAGUGCAUGCAACCUUUCUAAUUAGGUCCUUGAUAAAUGGGUUUUAGGGAUUUAAAAUUAAAUAAGAUGUGUAAGUCCUAGACUUGCAGAAUGGGAGAAGUGACAAGUUAAUAUCUGAGGGGGUAGCAUCAGUUCAGACAGGAGUGGUGCUAGCACAACAGAUAGGAAAUACUGGUGGGAUUAUUAUCCUGGGAGCAUCACUCAAAUUGUUUAUUUAAAAUACUGGAGAAAAACCACCCAACUUUAGCUGGGCAAAGGAAUCACAGACAACUAAGCCAUACUUUACUCAUCAACAAAUGGCCUCCUGCUCUUGUUCCAUUUCCCUUUGCUGAGUGGCUGGCUAACAAACAGAUCAGACCAAUUUGAAAUGCGACUUUAAGGAUUUAGCAGCAAAGCUGCAGGACAUGA